UUGCAUAGUUUUCCAUUUAUAUGAUAUUCUCCCUUUGUUAUUGAAUUCUUAUCACUUAUUUAUUUAUUUAUUUAUUUAUUUUGGGGAGGUUGUUAAAGGGCCGUUGGGGGAAUGAUAUAGGUGUCAUAAAUUUGAUAUAUAAGGGCAAAAGUUUGUUGGUUAGAAUAAUAGUUUACCUUGGAGAGAUUUGUUUUUAUCUAAGUGUUUGGGGCCUUGGUUUUGUCAAAUAUAUCAUUGUUCAUACCUAUCCAAAUAGUUAGUUAAAAAGGCUUGCUUAGUAUUGUUGUUGACAAUAUUUAUAUUAAUUUAUAGUGAUAUAUAUAUAUAUAUAUAUAUGUAUAUUGAGUCUUGUAGCAGAUGAGGAAGAAUUUUAUGAAAGACUAUUGAAUUCAAGAUCAAUGUUCUUUCAUCCAUCUAAUCUGCAUCUUCCUCUUUAUUUGAUUCCUCACCCAUUUUUGAUCGGAUCAUAAUACUUUCAAUGACUUGCAUUAAAGAGAAGCAUGAAUUUUGAUACAGUUCUGUUUGUUUUCAGUCAAGAAAAGAAUUGAGCACAACUCACCUUUUUUCUUGUUACUCUUUCACUGUAAAUGAACAACACCCAACAGAUUGGUUUCCAAGAAAGAGUACAACAAAACCAUGGCUUGGUCUAUGAUCAUAGCAGUUUAGAACACGCCAACCAAUCUUCCCAAUUUCCUGGUGGUUGUCAGAUGGGAAUUUGCAUUGAUUCAUCAUCAGCCAUGGAGGGAGGAGGAUCACAGCAACACAACUUUGGUUGUGGUGGGCAUGCAAAUUCAUCAAGUACCAUCAUGAGUCGUAUCGGUUCACCAUCUUCUGCUUUUUAUGCAACCGAGCGUUACAUGGGCUUUCCACAAUAUGAGUAUCAAUCUGGAAAUCCCAUUGUCCCCUCCCAACAACCCGAGAAUUAUGAUCUGCAAACUCCAUCAUAUCUAUCUGCAAGGGAUAGUUUUUAUUUCGAUACACCAGAGCAAGAUGACCCCAAUUUGCAGUCCAAACAUGCCCUGCAAUCUGAUGCGAAAUCCCACUUUUGUAGCAAUAAAAACUACAGUUCUGAUGAAAGAUCCUGUAAAACUCCAUGCAACAAUUUCUCAGAAAGAGAACACAUUUUUAUGCUGAAAAGAAAGUUGCUUAGUGAUUUUGAUAAUUCAGAUAUGAGGCAGCCUUCAAUUCCUUUUGAAGGAAAUCGGGAUCUUAGUGUUUGUCACAAUUUGUAUAAUUCUCAGCAUGAACAUUUGAGGCAGUCUGCAGCUAGACCUGGUGGAGGUGUUUCAGUUACUUCUGGUAACUCUGGAUCAGCCAUUUCGAGUAAAACACGAAUUCGAUGGACUCAAGAUCUUCAUGACCGCUUUGUCGAGUGUGUAAAUCGCCUCGGUGGGGCAGAAAAGGCAACACCGAAAGCGAUACUGAAGCUAAUGGACUCAGAGGGGUUGACCAUCUUUCAUGUGAAAAGCCAUUUGCAGAAAUAUCGAAUUGCAAAGUACAUGCCAGAUUCUGCAGAAGGAAAAUCUGAGAGGAAGAAUAACAUGAAUGAUGCAGCACAGAUUGAUAUAAAAGCGUAAUGGGACUGACAUGGGGCAUGUGGUAUGCAACUAUCUUCGGUAUACAUCAAAAAGUUAUCCUUGGGGCUGAUGUGUUAUAUGAUACAAGUGGCUUUGAUGAUCUCUUUGCCACUGUGACAUUUCUACUCCAAAAUUCUCCAGGAUCUGUUUUCAUAACAACCCAUCACAAUAGAAGCGGGCAUCAUCUAAUUGAGUUCUUGAUGGCG